GCAUGCGUGUGUGGGGUGGGGAGGCUAUAGGACAAGGAGGGAUAAAGAGCUGAACUCGGUUCCUUCUCUCCUCUCUGGAUAACAGCAUGCAGGUGUCAAAUGUCGGUCAUGUUCAUGAAUGAUUAAGAAGCUAUUGAUAUUUACGUCACUUCCAGUGUUUGGCAAAUAUUUACUAAAUGUCUCUCUAGUCAAUGUAGUGUUUCAAUCUGAAUUGAAGUGAGAAGGGGGAUAAAUAGAGAAAAAGACGGGGUGAGAGACUGGCUCAUAAUACUAACAGGUAGAAUGAGCCAAAACCCCAUAAGCUCAUAAGAUGUUACGCAAAUGGAGGGGAGACAGUCAGAAAAGAGAAAAGAUGUCCUUUAGAGGGGACCAGGCUAAUGCCACGUGUUGGUGACAGGUACAACACAUGCUGGCACUGAGGAUGGAGCAACAAGGAAGAAAAGAGAGGAGAGAGAGGAACAAGAUGGAGUUAUUAUGAGACAGAGGGAAAGAAAGAAGAAAGAAAAUAGAAAGAGCAAAGGAGAGAGAGGGAUAGAAAGAGAGAGAUAGAGACCCCGUUUCAGUCUGAUAGCCCUGCUCACACAGACGACAGCAGCACCCCCUCCUUCUCUCCCACUUGCACAGAAAUACCAUCACGACCCAAUUUGUUUGCUUCCCAGAGGAGAGGAAACCCCUGCCAGCGACUGGACAGGUACUCUUAAUGCUUCGCCUCAGGACUCACACCUCAUCAUCCCCAUUCAAUGUCACCCUGCAGUCCUUUGCCUUCCGAGCCUUAGAACCACGGACCGUCAUCUAUUAUCACCUCAUUUUUCAUCUGCGACUCACCAACCAGCACUCCACGUCACUUCUCUCUAGCCCAACAUGAGAAAGGGACUCCAGGCCAGCCAGUCUGCUCACACAGGGCAGUGGGACGAGCAGAGGCAUCACGAGCAGCGGCUGGGGAGGGCAGAGAAAAAGUUAGCAGCCUUCUGGUUGUCCUUGUCGCAGAGGACGUGGACGUUUUUCAGGCCCCGCGGCGGCAAAUGCACCGGCUGCUUCCAGCGGAGCUCCUCGGCAGCUCGCCUACUGAAGAGCGAAGCGUGAGGAGUGUGUGUGUGAGUGUUUGUGUCUGUCUGUCAGCGGCGAGUGUCAGAAGAGUCCUGGCAGACACCCCUAUCUGGAGGACCCAAAGCAUAAAUCUGCGUGUGUAUGUGACCUCCAUCCCAGAGGUCAAAGGCAGUCUAUGUCGUUCUUCAGCCUUCUCCACCAUUGGCAUUCUUUCUUGGUUGUGUUAUCUUAGCAACAGUUGACUAAAGAUGGAAGGACAAGCUGUCAUUCUAAUGUCAUUCUCAUUCAGGAGGACAAAUAAACUGUCAUUCUAAAGCCCCUGAAAUACGUCGAGCCCAGUGGAUUGGUUGAAGAGCGUUUGGCGAUUUUCUGCUGUCGACUGGAAGGAAUCUCCCCAUUCACUAAACUAAACUAUCAAAGAGGAGACCAUACCACAGAGAAGACAUUAGUGGUGGAGAUUGGUGUGAAAAGGGGCACCUGUCACUCCCUUAACCCCUACUGGGGACUUUCCAGAUGGGGUAACUGUGACCUGCGGAGACCAUGGUGGUCACCCAUUUAGAGCUAGAGCUGUGCUACCAGGGGAAGAAGCUGAGGGGCUUCACCUGUAAGCUGACCCGCUCCCCCCAUGGCUAUCUGCCUGAGAGUGCCUGGCUCAUCUUGGCUCAGAUCCUACUGCCCUACCUGGUGGCCGGCCUGGGCAUGGUGGCGGCAGGCAUAGUCAUGGACUUGGUUCAACACUGGGAAGUGUUUAAAGAGAUCACAGAGGUGUUUAUCUUGGUGCCAGCCCUGGUGGGACUGAAAGGCAACUUGGAGAUGACACUGGCAUCCAGACUGUCUACAGCAGCGAAUACUGGGCGGCUGGAUGAUCCAAAGCAGCAGUGGAGGAUAGUGUGUAGCAACCUGGCUCUCAUUCAGGUCCAGGCCACAGUGGUGGGUUUCCUGGCUGCGGUAGCUGCAGUGGGUUUGGGUGCGAUGACCAGGGGUCGUGUAGACCUGCUGCAGGCUGCUAUUUUAUGUGCCAGCAGCAUCACCACAGCCUUUGUAGCUGCCCUGUCAUUGGGCCUGGUAAUGGUGGGAGUGAUCAUUGGCUCAAGGAAGGUGGGCAUCAAUCCUGACAACGUGGCCACACCCAUCGCUGCCAGCCUGGGUGACCUCAUCACCCUCUCUCUGCUGGCUGGGGUCAGCAGCUUCCUCUUCCGGUUUAAAGAGAUGUGGUACCUGCCUGCUCUGGUGUGUGGCUUUUUCCUGGUUCUCAUUCCGCUGUGGGUGGUCAUUGCCCGGCACUCUCCUCCAAUCAGAGAGGUGCUGAGGUCUGGGUGGCAGCCCGUCAUCAUGGCCAUGUCCAUCAGCAGUAUUGGGGGCCUGAUACUGGAUAAGACAGUGAGCGACCCGAACUUUGAGGGCAUGGCGGUGUUCACUCCCGUAAUCAACGGUGUGGGAGGUAACCUGGUAGCCAUCCAGGCCAGCCGCAUCUCCACCUACCUACACUACUGGAGUAUGCCAGGGACCCUGCCCUUCCCGAUGACACAACACUGGCCUGGCCCCUGCCUGACCUUCUGCUCCUCAGGGGUCAACUCCAAGUCAGCGAGGGUUCUAGUCUUCCUGGUAGUUCCGGGUCACCUGCUUUUCCUCUACACCAUCCACUUACUGAAUGGCGGCCAUGGUGCCCUCACGCCUGCCUUUGUCUGCCUCUACCUGUGUGCGGCCCUGCUACAGGUUGUGAUUCUGCUGUACCUGGCUGACCUGAUGGUGCGCUGGAUGUGGCGGAGGGGGCUGGACCCGGAUAACUACUCUAUCCCGUACCUCACGGCUCUGGGGGAUCUGUUGGGGACCGGCUUCCUGGCCCUGAGCUUCAGGGCCAUUCGAUCUAUACCAGCCCACCAUGUCUAG